AAAAACAAUGUGGAAGCUUAAGGUCUCUCAAGGGAACGAACAUGGACUCAAAAGCUCAAACAAUAACAUCGGCAGACAGUACUGGGAGUUCGACCCUGAUCUUGGUACACCGCAAGACCGAGCUCGAGUCGAACUGGCUCGGAACCACUUCACCGACAAUCGUUUUCGAACCAAGCAAAGCUCUGAUCUUCUAAUGAGAUUUCAGUUUGCAAGGGAGAAUUCAUCCGCAGGUGAUGAAAUAAAGCUGCCUGCCGCUGCUGCUGCUAAGGUCAACGCCUCUGGGAUUGAGGAAACCGUGAAGGUUACAUUAAGAAAGGCUCUAAGAUUCUAUUCAACGUUGCAAACUGAAGAUGGAUUCUGGCCUGCUGAUUAUGGCGGCCCUUUGUUCCUUCUACCGGGAAUGGUGAUUGGGUUGUUUGUAACCGGAGCUUUGGACAUAAUUUUGCCAUCCCAGCAUCGGCAGGAGAUACGCAGCUAUCUAUACAACCAUCAGGUUUUGUCUUUUGCUUUGUUUAUUUAUCCUAAUCAAUCCUCUUUUCCCAUAAUACUCUCCUACGUCACCCUCAGACUGCUCGGAGAAGCAAAGGAUGACGGUGACGGUGCAAUGGAGAAUGCAAGGAAUUGGAUUCUGAAUCACGGUGGCGUCACCUUUAUUCCUUCCUGGGGCAAGAUGUGGCUUUCGGUGCUGGGAAUAUACGAGUGGGAUGGGAACAAUCCACUACUCCCAGAACUAUGGCUUCUUCCUUACUGUCUGAAUCCCAUACAUCCCGGACGGAUGUGGUGUCACAGUCGGAUGGUGUAUCUGCCAAUGUCUUUUUUAUAUGCCAACAAGUUUGUGGGGCCCAUUACUUCCCUUGUUUUGUCUCUCCGUCGAGAACUCUAUUUGCUUCCUUAUCACCUCGUUGAUUGGAAUGAAACCCGUUAUCUUUGUGCUAAGGAAGACCUAUAUUAUCCACAUCCUAUAAUACAAGAUUUGUUAUGGGAAUGCCUUGAAAAAGUAGUAGAGCCUGCUCUACAGAAAUGGCCAUUCUCUAAGAUAAGGAAAAAGGCUGUUGACGUUGUGAUGCAACACAUCCACUAUGAGGAUGAAAGUACUAAUUAUCUUUGCAUUGGCCCUGUGAGUAAGGUCCUGAACAUGGUAUGUUGUUGGGUCGAGGACCCAAACUCCGAGGCAUACAAGUGUCACCUUUCAAGAGUUAAAGAUUACCUCUGGGUUGCCGAAGAUGGCAUGAAAAUGCAGGGAUACAAUGGAUCUCAGCUAUGGGACGUUGCUUUCUCAGUUCAAGCAAUCUUGGCAACCGACCUGGUGGACGAAUAUGGUUCAAUGCUUAAGAAAGCUCACUGCUUCAUUAGAAACACACAAGUACAUAAAAACAAUGGGAAAAGCCUUAGUUUAUGGUAUCGCCACAUUUCAAAGGGAGGGUGGCCUUUCUCAACUCCAGAUAAUGGUUGGAUCGUCUCCGAUUGCACUGCCGAAGGAUUGAAGGCAGCACUUUUGUUAUCAACGAUGCCAUGUGACGUAGUAGGUGAAGAGAUUAUAGCAUUAGCACCAGAUCGAUUACAUGAAGCUGUUAACGUCAUUUUGUCUUUACAGAAUAACAAUGGUGGUUUUGCAUCAUAUGAGCUCACGAGAUCUUAUGCAUGGUUGGAAAUGUUCAAUCCAGCUGAACUGUUUGGAGAUAUCAUGAUUGAUUAUCAAUACGUUGAAUGCACUUCAGCAGCAAUACAAGGCCUCAAAUUAUUCCGAAAGCUGCAUCCAAGUUACAGAAGCAAAGAAAUAGAAGCAUGCAUUAGCAAAGGAAUCAACUUCAUACAGAGCAUACAACGACCCGAUGGCUCGUGGUAUGGGUCAUGGGGAGUGUGUUUUGUGUACGGAACAUGGUUCGGGAUAAAGGGGUUGGUGGCUGGUGGACGGACUUACCACGACUGCGAUAGUAUCAGAAAAGCAUGCGAUUUCUUGCUGUCCAAGCAACUCCAGUCUGGUGGGUGGGGUGAAAGCUACCUCUCCAGCCAAAAUAAGGUGUACACGAACCUGGAAGGAAACGAGCCGCAUCUGGUGACAACAGCAUGGGCAAUACUAGCUUUGAUUGAAAGUGGACAAGCAGAUAGAGAUCCGAUGCCAUUGCAGCGUGCUGCCAAGGUGCUGCUCGAUUCUCAGCUGGAAAAUGGAGAUUUCCCACAACAGGAGAGUAUUGGAGUGUUCAACAAGAAUUGCACCAUCAGUUAUUCAUCCUACAGAAACAUAUUUCCCAUAUGGGCACUGGGAGAAUACCUCAACUGUGUUCUACUUGCCAAUUCCUGGGAACUGAAGAAAUCGUAUGUUCCUUCCAAGAAUAUUUCGAUGUAAAUAAAUAAAAGAGGUGA